AACAUUAGUUUCCGUUAAGGGUUUAUUUUUUUUUAAUUUUUACAAAAUUGAUUCAAAACUAAAAUGCGUGGAUUUUUCAUCAUUGUCCUCUUCGCUGUUGCCAAUGCUGAAAAACUGGGAUACACUUACUCAGCGGGUGGAUCGACUCAUGGAUUUGGAAAUCGAUUUAAACACCGUGGGCGUAAUGCCACCCCAGCAACAACCUCAGCACCCACACCAACAGACAAUGGAGCUGCCACUGGAAAUUACAUUGGACCUGGUGGAUACGCCGCCGAUACAGUUGCCAGAGAACAAUAUCAAUCUGUAGAAUCACGGCCGGAAUUCAAUAAGGAAUUCUAUUCGUAUGCAGCUCCUGAGGAAGAGUUCAAUGACAUUGAUGGCAGCCAACGUUUGGCUGCAACAAUGCGAAAAAAUCUUCGUGUUGUCUUCAUAAAAACACCCGAAAAUCAUGCUUUGGAAAAUGCCGCUUUGCAAUUAGCUAAACACACAGCCGAAUCGAAAACCGCCAUUUAUGUUCUAAGCAAACAACCUGACAUCGCCGAAUUGGCUAAUAAGCUGAAAACGGUGCAGCAAAACAGUAACGAAAAACCAGAAGUACAUUUUGUCAAAUAUCGCACUCCCGAGGAUGCUGUGCGUGCCCAACAAAUAAUCCAACAGGAAUACGAUAGUUUGGGUGGUACUUCACGUUAUUCGAAUGAAGGGGUUGCUCCUGUUUUGGAUUUCGCUUCGAUUAAUGAAGGUUUGUUGUCGGACAAAGCAAGCGGUUUUGGUAAUCCUUCAUCGGUUACAGCAAAUGGUUAUUUGCCACCAAAAGUUAAUUUUAAAUAA